CACAAGCGCAAGAUCUGCACCUAUAAAAAUGAACUCUCUUGCUAAAAUAAAUAGUAUGGAGGCAUACAAAAAAGUGUAAAUGAUGUGUCAGUGGAUUUACAGUAUUCAAGUUACGACUCAUCUUAAACUGCUAAUCCCAAUGCAGUGUAAAAAUAGAGAAGUUAUUGCACAAAAGGGCCUGGUCUGAAAUUCCUUAUAAUCAGGAUGCUCCACCUCUCCUCACUUGUUGCUCUGCCCUCCUGGAGGCACUUGCAUGCAUACGGAAUAAAAAUGUGCACGGCCUUUUGUCCCACGACACAAACUGCAGGAUAGCAAGUCUGGCUCGGCAGGUCUGUUUUUUUUUUUCACCCCACCAUGGCCGUUGGCCUCGACAGGAGGGAAGACUCCCCCGAGACAGGCCAGAGGAUGCACUAGAGGCGGCCCAGUUGGAUUUCCACGCAGAGCAGCAAGUUGAAGUGGUGAAAUCCUGACUUAAAGAUGGAGGAAACGUUUGAGGACAGAACCAAAAUGACCAGCCAGCUGGCUCUCUACGUCUCCAACGGAGAGAUUAGCGGAAAACGCCGGCGUGGCAUCUCAACUCUCAAGAUGUUUAUCGCGGCGCUGUCCUUCGCCUAUUUCUGCAAGACCCUGGCAGGAACCUUUGUCAAAAGCUCCCUCACGCAGCUCGAGAGACGUUUCGACCUCUCCAGCUCACGCGUCGGCCUCAUUGACGGCAGUUUUGAGCUGGGCAACUUAUUGUUUCUAGCCGUGGUCAGCCAUUUCGGCGCCAAGAUGCACCGGCCCAGGCUCAUCGCGGCGGGUUCGGUUCUCAUGGCGGCGGGAGCAUUUCUCACCGGAUUGACGCACUUCUUCAUGGGACCCUACAAGUAUGAUACAGUCAUCGCCGCCUUCCAAAAUGAAAGUAUGAACACCGUCACUUGUCUCGGUCCUGGAAAUGACAAGAGUCACUGGAACGAAACUGGUGCACAAGCCUGCGAAAAGGAGUCCAGUUCCAAUAUGUGGAUCUACGUGUUUUUGGGGAAUGCCUUGCGGGGAAUCGGAGAGACUCCUGUUACACCUCUGGGUAUCUCGUACAUCGACGACUUUGCUAAAGCUGAAAACUCGCCAUUCUACAUCGCUUGUAUCCAGACCAUUGCUCUCCUUGGUCCUGUAUUUGGCUACCUCCUCGGGUCCUACAGCGCCAAUCUAUAUGUUGACAUUGGAUAUGUUGAUAUGGAAAGUGUAACCAUCUCUCCAAAUGAUGCUCGCUGGGUGGGAGCCUGGUGGUUGGGUAUGCUGGUGUCCGCCGGCCUUCUCUUCCUCGCCGGCAUUCCCUUCUGGUUCUUCCCCCGCUCACCCGAUGUCAAAGAGGCCAAACCCGUACCCGAGAAGGACAAUCCGAAUCCAAGAGGGGAUUGUACCAACAACAAGCCCGUAACAAAGACAGCAGACGUUGCCAAAGGGUUUCUUUCCUCGCUGAAGCACCUGCUGUGUAAUCCCACUUACUUCCUGCUUAUUUGCGGCAGCACGCUCAAGUUCAACUCCCUCGUUGGCAUGUUCACCUUUAAUGCCAAAUAUAUCGAGCAACAGUUUGGACAGUCGGCAUCCAGAGCCAAUUUCCUCAUUGGGGUGCUGAUGCUCCCGGCCGUCGCCAUGGGGAUCUUUCUCGGGGGUGUCGUGAUGAAGCGAUAUAAGCUCAGUGUUGUGUCAGGGGCCCAGUUCUCCUUCGCAGUGUCCCUCGGCGCCUACCUCCUCCUGUUUCUCAAAUUCUUCACUAAGUGCGACAACAUUCCCGUGGCUGGACUCACCGCCUCAUACAAUGGGAUGCCGGGAGUGUUACGCGGGGGCCAAACACUCUUCUCUGAGUGCAAUAGCAACUGUUCGUGCUCGGCAGACGUCUGGGACCCAGUGUGCUCGGACAGUGGCAUCACGUACACAUCGCCAUGUCUGGCUGGCUGCCUCAGCUACAGCGGAUAUGGCAAAAAAACUGUGUUCCACAACUGCACUUGCGUGUCCGCUUCCUUCCCGGCGGGCAGCAGUACAUCCGUCAAACUGGGGCAGUGCCCCCAAGCCAAAAGCUGCAGCCGCAGUUUCACCUCCUACAUGGCCGUUUCCGUUCUCAGCGCCUUUAUCAGCUCCCUGGGAAUCACGCCUGCUUACAUGGUCACUAUAAGAUGCAUCUCCCCGCAUCUUAAAUCCCUUGCCCUGGGAAUGCAGACCAUGAUCAUUCGGGUUCUCGGUGGAAUUCCAGCGCCGAUUUAUUUCGGGGCGUUCAUCGAUUUGACGUGCCUCAAGUGGUCGGUGAAAAAGUGCGGCGGCAGAGGGGCGUGUCGCCUUUAUGAUUCAGAUAUGUAUAGGGUCGUUUUCCUGGGUCUGGUCUCUGGUAUCAGUGGCGCCUCCUUUUUUUUCACCUUCGCUGUGAUCAUCUUCCUCCGAAAGCAGUUCCGGAAGGAGCAGGAUGAGCCCAAAACCCCCAAGCAAAAGGAACUUCGCAUCCAAUCAAGAGAUCGACUCAGCGCAAGGACCUCGAAGGAUAUCGAGGGGGUUCCCAAUAACGGCUUUGACGCUGAAUGUAACGCGAACGCGGCCGCCCAGAGACUCGGGUCAAGAAGCGACGAGAACGACCGCAAAGUUGGCAAAAAGGCUGAAGCGGAACAUCCUGCGAAGAAACUGACUAUUGUGAAAAUAACUCAUUUGAAAACAACCCAUUCCAACUGAAGUCUUUUUUUUGCCUGAACUGUGUUUUAUUGGUCUUGGAAGUAAGAAGUAUAAUCGGCUAGAGAUGCCACAGGAAGACAGAGAAGCAUUACUUUUGUUAAAAUGAAGCGCCUCAACUCACUUCAGAUCACUUCCUUGGUGGGAAAAAUACAAGAAAAUAAGAUUUGCAGCAAAUAAGGACAACAAUUGUUUCUCAUAGCUGUUCAAAUAAUCAACUCGUGUUGGUGUUAACCCGAUGACCAGCGCCUCAAAAUCUCUGGGUGAAUGCGAUGCGGCCUAACCGUAUCACGCCAGCUCAUUCGUGCUCCCAAAGAUAUUAUACAAUAAUGCAAAAAUGGGUGCGAUAUACAUCGGCGGAGUCAAAAAAGUGCAGUGAAAAUGGCAUAUUUUUGCAUAUUUAUAACGUCAAACCUUUAGCAAAGCAGCAGCCCACAUGAACAAGGUCAUUUUCAUUUCGUGGACUCAUAUUUGUUUUUCAGGCUCGGUGUGUGAGUGGCAUUGUUUUAAGGUGAGGAAGUCUGUGUGCGUGUGCGUGUGAGGAAAUCUUUGGCAGUCGAUCGGCUACGGUAAUGCAUUUAUUUCCAAUAAAAGAUGAUCUGCUA